AUGGUGGAAGAAGUUGUCUCCGCCGUUAACCAGACACUCCCAAACUCCGGCGGCGAAGCAGUGAACUUCACCGCAUACUCCGCCGCAGUCCACAAAGUCGUCGUCAUGGUCAACGCCGGAAUUUUAGCAUUAUUACAGCUAAUGAACCAACAAAACUCCUCUGUUUUGGAAACACAUAAAACAGCAUUCCUCUGUUUUUGUGUCUUCGUGUUGUUUUAUGCGGUUCUUCGAGUCCGGGAAGCCAUGGACGUGCGGCUACGACCAGGGUUAUCCCCGAGGCUCGUCGGACACACGAGCCAUAUGUUCGGCGGUCUGGCCUCUCUUGUGCUAAUACAUAUGGUUUGCGCUACGUUUUCUCUAGUCCUUCUUAUUCUAUGGUUUCUCUGGCUCUCCUUCGUGGUUUACGACACUAUUAGUGAAGUGAUGAUCUACUCCAAAACAAACAAAUCCGACGACGGUUUACCCCAGUUUCCGCCGGUUUAA